UUGAAAGAAGAUUUGUAAACCGCAUCCUUCCCCUAUGGCUACGAGUCUCCACUCCAUAUGAUGAUGAUGAUGGGUUCAUCCAUCGUCUCUCUAUCCCCUCAGAGAAGCAGCCGCGUCUUCUGUUCAGGUACCUCACUUUUCCCACCGAAUUCUGUUUUCUACCGCCGAACCAAUCGUGUUCAAGUCAGCCGAGGCACUGUUAUCCAUUUUCAUCCGCCAACGAUGACUUCUAGGUUUCAAUUACAAGUUGCGUCUUCUGGCCAGAAUGAACUCUUCACCUUGAUGGAUUAUGUUGGCAAGGAAGGUGAAGAUGUUGGCGAUGAUUUAGUCGUAUUGUUUGGCCAUCUCCAGUAUGCUUGCAAACGAAUAGCCUCUCUCGUAGCUUCUCCUUUCAAUUCCAGUCUCUGCAACCAGACUUCCGACGUUCCCCGCGCCGGUGGUGAAGUUGAUGCUUCCGGCAGAGAUGCUCCGAAACCACUCGACCUCGUCUCUAAUGAGAUCAUCUUGUCUUCACUUCAGAGGUCUGGUAAAGUUGCGGUUAUGGCUUCUGAAGAAGAUGAUGAACCUACUUGGAUAAAUGACAAUGGUCCAUUCGUGGUGGUUACAGAUCCUUUAGACGGAUCACGAAACAUAGAUGCAUCUAUACCAACUGGAACCAUUUUCGGAGUUUACAAUCGUCUUAUUGAACUAGAUCAUUUACCUGUUGAAGAAAAGGCAACACUCAAUUCACUCCAGAGUGGUUCUAGGCUUAUUGCAGCCGGCUAUGUUCUAUAUUCAUCUGCCACCAUCUUCUGUGUCACUUUCGGUUCUGGAACUAGUGCAUUCACGUUAGACCAUUCCACAGGAGACUUCGUGCUCACACAUCCCAACAUUAAGAUUCCAUCUCGAGGGCAAAUAUACUCUGUGAAUGAUGCUCGGUACUUUGACUGGCCGGAAGGGUUAAGGAAAUAUAUUGAUACGAUAAGACAAGGAAAAGGGCGUUACCCAAAGAAGUACUCUGCUCGUUACAUUUGCUCUCUUGUUGCUGACUUUCAUAGGACAUUGUUAUAUGGUGGUGUUGCUAUGAAUCCAAGGGACCAUCUUCGGCUUGUUUAUGAGGCGAAUCCGCUUAGUUUUUUGGCUGAACAGGCUGGAGGUAGAGGUUCGGAUGGAAGAAAUAGGAUAUUGUCAAUGCAGCCAGUUAAGCUGCAUCAGAGGCUUCCUUUGUUUCUGGGCAGUCCGGAUGAUAUUGAGGAACUGGAGAGCUAUGGCAAUGUUCAGCAGAAAGUGAAUCCAGGUUAUGAUGUUUGAACUCUUCUCUUUUGUACACACUUUUUAUAUGAUUACAUGUAUAAUGUGUUUAUGUAGCUUUUAAACAUCAAAACGAGCUUGGACCGGACUCUAUUAAGAAAACCGACAAUAAAAUUGGGAUGUAGAUUGGGGAGACUC